ACAAGCAACGACACAACUACCAUUAUACCAAUUACAAGCAACGACACAACUACCAUUGCGGCGAUUACAAGCAACGACACAACUACCAUUAUACCAAUUACAAGCAACGACACAACUACCAUUAUACCAAUUACAAGCAACGACACAACUACCAUUAUACCAAUUACAAGCAACGACACAACUACCAUUGCGGCGAUUACAACCGGAGACAUGACUACAAAUCCGCCAAUCACAAGCAAUAACACAACUACAAACACGCCAAUUAUGAACAACGACACAACUACCAUUAUGCCAAUUACAAGCGACGACACUACUACCAAUAUGCCAAUUACAAGCAGUGACACAACUACAAUUAUGCCGAUUACAAUCAACGACACAACUACAAUUAUGCCGAUUACAAUCAACGACACAACUACCAUUGCGUCGAUUACAAUCAACGACACAACUGCAAUCACAAAGACUACACAGUCCAGCCACAGUACAACUUUCAUUACAACUACAACACAGCAGAGCAACAUCACAACAACUCCAGCAACCACACAAACAAGCAAAAGCACAGCAAGUACUCCUACAGAAGCUUCAGAAAGCUCGACAGCUGUGCUGACUACAGCAACACUAACAAACUCUACUAACACCUCUCCUGAGACUCCUGUGAUGACCACCACACUCUCACCCACCCCUUUCACCACAAACCCAAACCUAACAGCCGGACCCCAACCCUCUUCACCUACCUCCAUCACCACCUCCAGCUCUCUCCCUACUUCCCCAAGCAGUAGCACUGCAGCCCCCACUGGAAAUACUACCACCCUUAGUCCCUCAGCAACAAACCCAGGAGUGACGAUAUAUACCACUAUGACUCAAUCACCUGAACCAUCAGUUGGUGAUGCAUCAGCUUCAUCCACCACCCUCCCAACCCCCACCUCCACCAUCAGUACAGGCACCAUCAUCACUUACACCACCCUGCGACCAACAGAAGUCACUACCACUAACUCCACCACAGCAGCCCCACCCACCCCUCCAGUCAUAGUGUGUCCUUCCGUCCCAUGCCCACUUGAAAGCGUUUGUCUAAAUGGCACUUGUCAGUGUCUCUCUGGUAGCUUCCUGGUAAAUGGCCGCUGUGCACAAGCCCAAGUUUUCUCAGGCAAGCUUCAUCUCACCUCCUUGACAUUUAAAAAUGAAAUGAGCAACAGGUCCUCUGUAAUAUUCCACGAGACGGCGUCUCAGAUCUCAGCAACGCUCAGAAAUGCCCUGAAGAAUCAGCCGGGGUAUAAACAGUCUGAUGUUGUGCAGCUUAAACCAGGAAGUGUGCAGGCAAUUGUUAAUAACAUCUUUGAAAACACCAACACCACUCAAAAGUCUGUUGAUCAGGCCAUUCAAGAGGCUAUUAUAGCCAAUCCAGAAAAUACAUUAUUGGCUAAUGCUACGUUUAUAGGUACAAACCUGUGUGUGCAGGAACCCUUACCCUGUGAGGUCUCAACUACAAUGUGCACAAAUACAAACGGCCGGCCUCUGUGUUCCUGCAGAGAGGGCUACAUCUCUAUCCUGUACUCAAACAGCAGCUGUAAAGCGUGUCCAAGUGGGCAAAGGGCAGUGGGAGACACGUGUCAACCAUGUGCAUUUGGAUAUGCUGGCUUCAACUGCAACGACUCUGCUCUGCUGGCAGUGGUGGUCAUCUCCUGUGUACUGGGAGGAAUUCUCAUCAUCCUUUUGCUGGCUUUGCUCAUAUACUGCUUCCGCAUGCGAAGCUCAAAGAGCAAGCCAGACCUCAGUCGCAGUCCAUACUCAUCAGGGGACUUAAACCAUCCCUGGCCCACUGGCAUCACCCCCAUCCCCCGAGCCACCUCUAACUGGGAUGCCGCUACCCCCAUAGAGAUGACGGAUGGGGGCAGCGCUCGUGCCAAAAAGCAUCAAACCAAUGGAUUGGGGUUUCAUCCGAAGCAGAAAGGAUGGAAAAAGUCCGGAUCAUACGAUCUCAACCCAGAUGGAAUGAACACCUUCACAGGUAAAAAUCCCUCGCGUUACUCCUAUCUGGUUCAAGGACAUGAGAACCCCUACUUCUUACCAGGAGAAGGCUGUAAAAACUGAGGACAUCUGUGUGAAAAUGAGGAACACGGAUCAAAGAGAAGCCACUGAUUUAAACUCUGGGUAUACAGGACCAGGAAAAUGUAUCCGUUCUUGAACUUGCUUUGAGUAAGAACAAUUCUUUAUUGAUAAACAGCCACCAAAGAUUUUCCUUCAUAACAUUUUUAUUUGAGGUUUUGUGUUCUUUGGGAAAGCUGAAUGUUGCGACUUAUAACCAGUAGGUGUCACUGUUGCUCAGGGACAUUUUCUUCUGAAUCUGACUUUUUAAUAUUUAUAAGAAAUCCUCAUGUUGACUUUAUAAAUGAAGCUUCUUAUAUUGAUAAUUGCACUAGAGUGUAUGUUAAGUUUACGACCAAUGGUUAGCCUGGAAUGGAACGUACUUUAAAUACUGGGUUUAUUGACACUUUUCUGAUGUGUAUGAUGAUUUUUUAGACAAAUUAAUCUUGUAAGACUAAAGGGGCUGGAUCUCUUGUUCUGGGUAUUUUUAAAGGGAUUAUUUUAUCACCUCUUCAGCUAAAUUUUCUCUGUAUUUGUUUAAGCUGCAUUUGCAAAAUGUGCCUGUUUGAAUAGUCUGUUUGACACAGGAAAUAUGCAAAGCUGGUGAUAAAGUUUGUCUUAUGGAUGUGCCAACCGUCACUUUUAUACAUUUAGUUUGACAUUUCUUAAAUAUAUAUUUAUCCUUGUGUGUCUGAGACAGUGCGCUAUUUAAGUGUGUAAAGGCUAUGUAAAUAAUUGAAUAUCUUUGGCACAGAAUGAGUGUGUGUGCG